CUCCUGUCCCCCUGUGUCACCCCGGGGGUGGCCCCGGGGACUGCUGUGUCCCCGCGUGUCCCCUCGUGUGUUCCCAGGUGUGUCCCCUCAUGUCCCCGUGUGGUCCUGGUUGUCCCCGUGUGCCCUCGUGUCCCUGUCCAGCCUCGCAUCCCCGUGUCCCUGCGUGUCCCCUGACCCGUGGGGGUGUCCGCAGGUCAGUGGGGACCAGCCGCUGUCGGAGAAGGUGCUGCAAGACCCCCCCCCCAGCUAAGAAGCCGGCGGCUCAUCUCAUCGCCGAUGCCACCAUCUCAUCCCAAGCCAACGGGUCCCUUCGGUGGGACCCCACCAAGGCGUGGGCCUUCCUGCGGGGGCUGGGCUACCAGGGGGGGUCCCUCGUUUGCCACCAGCCGGGGCUCUACUUCGUGUACGCCAAGGUGCAGCUGGGGGCCCCCGCGUGCCCCGCGCCCGCCGCCACCCUCCACGGCAUCCACAAGCGGACCCCCCGGUACCCUGGGAUCUUGGACCUCCUGGUCAAUAAGGUGGUUUAUUGUCCCCAAAGCCGGGGGGGUCCCUGGGCCCGGCACAGUUUUUUUGGGGGGGCUGGUGAGGCUGGAGAGGGGGGACGAGGUUUUCACGCGGGUGCAAGCCCCCCAGCUGGUGAGGGCAGUGGAUGGAUCCCGGUCUUAUUUCGGGAUGUUUAUGGUGUGAUUUGGGAGGGGAGGGGGGGGUAUGGGGGAUUGGGGGGGGGGCUGUGGCGGGGGGGGGAAUUCUCCGGUGGCUCGUAUAGGGUUGUGCGUGGGGUGGAAGUGGGCUGAUGACACCCCAACCUGAUCCAUCGGGAUGCCUGGGAUUACCGUUGGAAGCCUGCUGGGAUCCCCUUGAUCCCUCCUGGCAUCCCUGAGGGCCAUGGCUUGGGGGUUGGGGUGGGGAUUCUCCGGUGGCUCGUAUAGGGUUGUGCGUGGGGUGGCAGUGGGCUGAUGACACCCCACCCUCCACCCCAACCUGAUCCAUCGGGAUGCCUGGGAUGAUCUGCUGGGAUCCCGUUUAUCCCUUCUGGUAGCCCUGAGGGCCAGGACUGGGCAGAGGUGUGUGCAUGCAUAUUGGUGUGGAUUCUCCAGUGUCUCGUAUAGGGUUGUGCACGGGGUGCUGAUGACCUGGACCCUUCAGACCCCCAAUCCUGACCCACCUGGAAGCCUCAGUCCCUCCCAAGAAGCCUGUGGGAGGCCCCUUUGACCACCCCCAAAGUCCCUGAGGCGCAGGACUGGGAAGAAGUGGGGAUUCUCCGGUGGCUUGUAUAAGGUUGUGCACAGGAUGCUGAUGACCUGGACCCUUCAGACCUGGACCCUGACCCACCUGGACCCAUGGGUCCUUCUCUGCAGGACCCCCAAGACCCCACUCACCACUGCCCCCCCCCCCCUCCAAAAUCCCUGAGGCUCUGGACUUGAGAGCAGUGGGGAUUCUCCAGUGGCUCGUAUAGGGUUGCACACAGGUGCAGCUAGUGCCUGCCCCCCUCCUGGAACCCUGGGACUCCUCUUUACCUAUUUAUUUGUCACGGGGGGGGUCACUCUGAUAUUCAGGGUGGGCUCCCCAAAACCCCUGAUCUCCCCCCCCCCUAAAGUGGGGGACCCCCUGACACCCCACCCCCCCCAAUCCUGAGCCAAAAAUAAAAGCGAAGAGAAACUG